UGAGCGCCGUGGCGGUUUGUCUUCGGCCGCAGGUUCCGGAGGCGGGCCGGGCCCGGCUGGGUGGUUGGGGAGUGUGACGGGUAACCGGGCAGCCGCGCAGAGAGAGAAGAUUAUAAAUACCACAGGCACUUAAAUGACGGUUAGCCGUUGAAUUCUGACACUUCCUUAAAUACUUUCUUUCAUCAGCAUCUUCACUGGAAAGAGUUCAGGAAAAGUAGCAGAGGGAAAGAAACAUUUACAUGUACCAUGGCUAUACCAAUAACAGUACUUGACUGUGAUCUCUUGCUAUAUGGCCGAGGUCACCGGACAUUGGACCGCUUUAAGCUGGAUGAUGUGACGGAUGAAUACUUGAUGUCCAUGUAUGGGUUUCCACGACCGUUCAUUUAUUACUUGGUGGAGCUCUUGGGGGCGAGCCUUUCUAGACCUACUCAGAGAUCCAGGGCUAUUAGCCCAGAGACACAGAUCCUUGCAGCCCUGGGCUUCUAUACCUCAGGUUCCUUCCAGACUCGGAUGGGAGACGCUAUUGGAAUCAGUCAGGCAUCCAUGAGUCGAUGUGUUGCCAACGUCACCGAAGCGCUUGUGGAAAGAGCUUCGCAGUUCAUCCACUUUCCAGCUAAUGAAGCCUCUGUGCAGGCUCUGAAGGAUGAAUUCUAUGGGUUGGCAGGGAUACCAGGGGUCAUAGGGGUAGUUGACUGUAUGCAUGUAGCAAUCAAAGCACCAAAUGCUGAAGACCUUUCCUAUGUGAACCGUAAAGGUCUUCAUUCUUUAAAUUGCCUGAUGGUGUGUGACAUCAGAGGGGCACUGAUGACUGUGGAGACAAGCUGGCCAGGAAGCCUCCAAGACUGUGUUGUGCUACAGCAGUCUUCUCUCAGCAGUCAGUUUGAAGCUGGGAUGCACAAAGAGAGCUGGCUUCUUGGUGACAGUUCCUUCUUUCUCCGCACCUGGCUCAUGACCCCACUUCACAUUCCUGAAACUCCAGCUGAAUAUCGCUAUAACAUGGCCCAUUCCGCAACUCACAGUGUGAUUGAGAAGACCUUCCGAACGCUCUGCUCCCGAUUCCGCUGCCUGGAUGGAUCCAAGGGGGCACUGCAGUACUCCCCAGAGAAGUCCAGCCACAUCAUCCUGGCCUGCUGUGUCCUCCACAACAUCUCCCUGGAGCACGGGAUGGAUGUGUGGUCCUCUCCAGUGACCGGCCCGGUGGAACAGCCCCCCGAGGAGGAGUAUGAGCACAUGGAGUCGUUGGACCUGGAGGCUGAUCGCAUCCGUCAAGAGCUGAUGCUCACUCACUUCAGCUAAUGUGGAAGGUGGGGAGGAGGGAGGCUUUCUAGGAGCUGUGACAAACUUCCCCUCUCAGUACCCCCUCCACGGUCCCAUCGUCUAGCAUGACUGAGUGUGUGGACACCUGUCACAAACUGACGUGUAAUCUGCGUGUUUUAGAAGGGUUGGGUCAACACCAGAAUAUCUUGAUUCAUUUGCAAAUUUAUUAACUAAACAGAAACCCCCAAGACCAACAGUUCCCUGCUAUGCACUGAACACCAGGUUAGCACCAUUCACUCAUUUGAAAGUUCCUUGGUUGUAGACAUUUAUAUCAUGCUUACAGAAUCAAUGAGGAAAACAGAAUCAAUGAGGAAAACAGCAUCUAGCCAGACAGAACACUUUGUUUGUUGCAGUUAUCUAGAGAUUUCAAAAGAAAGCGAUAUUUGUCCUGAAUUAUUUGGAUCGUAUUUUAGCUUUUCUAAUUUCCUACCUAUGUAGACAUAAUAUGAAGCAAGUGUGAAGAGUGAUUUUCAGCUGGGGAAUGGUCUUCUGACAUAAGUAAAUGGCUUCUAAUCUGAGUUUGCAGUGUGCGUUUUUAAGAGGAUGUGAGGGACAGUCUGAAACCUCCUUCUUAAUCUGUCUGCGGUAAUUGAGCUGACUUGGACCUAGCUCCCAGGGAGAACAUCUGGACUCCAAUCUCCUACUUCCAACCCUGAGUAGGUGCUAAAGGCUAAGUGGGUUUAGGAAUUCAAUCAGCUUAAAAAAGACAAGUCAAAUAUAGAUAAAACAGAAAGCUUACACUUUCACAGAGGAUCUAAAGACUGAUAGAUUGACGGGCAAAGGAGACUCACCCAGGUUUAGACAGUCCCCAUCUAAAUGGAUCACAUUUCUUAUGGUCAGGAUGUUAGAAUGUCCAUUUGGCCAUUCUGCUUUGAAAUUCCUUGUUCAGAAGGAAAGUUUAGGGAAUAAAGUAUUUUAAAAAAAGAGAGGUAAGAGGGAUAUAAUUUCUUGAUUUGAAAUUAAUUUUGAAGUUAGAUCUACUUGAAUUAUCUUGUGUGCAAAGUGAUGGACAGAAUUUCUCAGGAAAUAAAUAAUCCCCCACCAAGUCUUAUUCUAAAAUUAUACUGAUAUAUAAAUAACCCGAUUGGAAUAAUGAAAGUGUGAAUUAGGUUCACACAUUGGUGCCUUUGCUGGGACAAAAAAGAGACUUUCCUGAGAUUUGUUUUGUUCCUGGUUUCUCAGCCACUCACCAUGUGAUCGCUCUGAAUUGUCCUGUUGGAUUUUUUCCUACCUGCCUCUGGCAGUGUUAAUCUGGUGAUUUUCAAAGUAAAGAAAUGAACAGCUGAUGACAGAAGA